AUGGAACAGGUUCAAACGCAAGCACAGUCGUUUGCUGCGGAGCUUCUGCAGAAAGUGGAGUCCGUGCCAUGGAUCAGCGUGCACACGCCGUCCAUUGAGCAUCCGUUCGGGCUCGAGUUGUGGCCAAUCUUCAGCAAGGUGUUCGAGAAGUACGCCGGGUACCCUGCGGAGGACUUCCAGUUCAUCCACAACAAGACGUUCAUGGCGAACGGGUACCAGGCGGUCGGGGUGAUCAUCGUGUACUACAUUGUGAUCUUCGGCGGCCAGGCGCUGUUGCGCGCGGCGAAUGCGCCGCCUUUGAAGCUCGGGUUCUUGUUCCAGCUGCACAACCUGGUGUUGACGUCCGUGUCGCUGGUGCUGCUGCUGCUGAUGGUGGAGCAGCUGGUGCCCAUGGUGUGGAGCCAGGGCCUGCUGUGGUCGAUCUGCCACAAGAACGCGUUCGCGCCCAAGCUGGUCACGCUGUACUACCUGAACUACCUGACCAAGUACCUGGAGCUGAUCGACACCGUGUUUUUGAUCCUGAAGAGAAAGAAGCUGCUGUUUCUGCACACGUACCACCACGGCGCGACCGCGCUGCUGUGCUACACGCAGCUGACCGGUAGGACCUCUGUGGAGUGGGUGCCCAUCACGCUGAACCUGGGCGUCCACGUGAUCAUGUACUGGUACUACUUCCUGAGCGCGCGCGGCAUCCGCGUGUGGUGGAAGGAGUGGGUCACGCGCUUCCAGAUCAUCCAGUUCCUGAUCGACCUGGUUUUCGUGUACUUCGCGACCUACACGUUCUACGCGUACAAGUACUUCAACGGCAUCCUGCCUAACAAGGGCACGUGCUACGGCACCCAGGCCGCGGCCGCCUACGGGUACCUGAUCCUGACCUCGUACCUGGUGCUGUUCAUCUCGUUCUACAUCCAGAGCUACCGCAAGGGCGCGUCGAAGAAGCGCGCAGCGACGAACGCGGCGGCCAAGAUUGCCACGGAGGCCACCACGGCCGCGACGACGGGCAAGCAGUCGCACGCCACCAAGGCGACGUCGAGAAAGGCCUAA